CAAAAAGUUUUGCAAAGCUCAAAAAAAUGUACAUUUUGAAAAUUAGCGGAGCUUGCUUUGUCGUCAUGGAUCCAAGGCAAGGAAUCAGAGAAAGGUGGGCCACAUGACUUAAAGCAGGCUCUGUAGUAGCUUAUUUUCAACAUCUAUCGAUUGUACUGCACUAUUUCUUUUGUCCUGAUCAUUAUUUGAAACCCAAGAAGAAACAAAAUCACUACUGAGAAUCCUCCCACCCUAAAAUGGCACUGAGCAGUAAUGUUAUUGGUGCUAUAAACUUUGUUGCCAUGCUUCUCUCCAUUCCGAUUAUCGGUGCUGGGAUCUGGCUAGCAAUGGAACCAGACAACUCUUGUGUCAAGAUUCUACAAUGGCCUGUCAUUAUUUUGGGAAUACUAAUCUUAAUAGUAGCUCUUGCAGGCUUCGUGGGAGGUUUUUGGAGAAUCCCAUGGCUCCUUAUUUCUUAUCUCAUUGCCAUGCUCAUCCUUAUAAUAUUGCUUGCAUGUCUAGUGGUUUUCAUCUACAUGGUCACUGUUAGGGGUUCGGGUCACCUUGAACCCAGCAGAGCCUACUUGGAGUAUCGUCUUGAUGACUUUUCAGGUUGGCUUCGCCGGAGGGUUCAGAGUUCAUAUAAGUGGGAUCGGAUAAGAGGCUGCCUUAGCUCAACCAAUAUGUGUGCUGAGUUGAACCAGAGUUAUCGCAUGGCUCAAGAUUUCUUCAACGCUCAUAUUAGCCCCUUACAGUCAGGAUGCUGUAAGCCCCCAACCCAAUGUGGGUAUACAUUUGUGAAUCCAACGUAUUGGAUUAGUCCCAUUAACAACGCUGCAGAUAUGGACUGCCUGCAAUGGAACAAUGACCAAAAUCAACUUUGCUACAAUUGCGAUUCAUGCAAGGCCGGGUUGCUGGCUAAUUUGAAAGAGGAAUGGAGAAGGGCAGAUAUCAUAUUGCUCAUUACUCUUGUUGCCUUAAUAUGCGUAUACUUGGUAGGCUGUUGUGCCUUUAGGAAUGCCAAGACAGAAGAUUUGUUCCGCAGAUACAAGCAAGGUUAUACAUAGAACCUAAGUAAUUGGAGACUGAUGUUGUAAUGUUUGCUGGUUCGUACGUUGUUUUUGCUAAUUCUACGAGUUUCGUGUAAGAAGACUAUAUAAUUUCCUGAUUAAAGUGUGUGCUGUUUUGGGGUUUC